AUGUCUGCCUCUUUAGCGCCCGAAUGCAAUGAAGUCAAAGAACGCUACGAUACAUGCUUCUUGAAAUGGUACAGCGAAAAGUACCUUCGAGGGACUGGCACGGAUAACAACGAGUGCGCCGAUCUCUUCAAAAACUACCAAAAGUGUUUGACGGUCGCACUCAAGGAACGCGGCAUAGACAAGCUGCUGGACGAGGCGCGAGAAGACCAAAAGGACAACGAUGCGACGUACAUGGGACGCAAAUCACUAUCACAUCUCGCGGCUAGUCGGCGUUGA